AUGCGGGUUGGUUUGGUUUGAUCAUAGAGCUAGGGUUUGAUUACAGAAAAAGGCUUUUGUGAGACGCUGAUAAGUACCACCAACCAAACUGAUUUUGCUCAGAAUUCACUGCAUCUGGCCGGGAGGAUGGGCGGAGCCGCAGCUGUGGUUCUGAUGCUAUCAGCAAUGGCAGUGCUGUUGGUUGGUGUGGAGAGCCAGCAGAGGGUGUGUUACUCCGGCCCCCCACCGGAACCUGAUCCUGAUAACCCGGAGCACUGGAUGAAGCAAGUCAUGCAAGAGAUACGGAAGCGUUGCCCGGGAAGGAGGCAACCUACCCCAGAAGCAUUACUGAAGAAACUCGUCUGUGAGUAUUCCCCGUUUAACAUCAGUUGUGACGUGGAAACCAUCGACGUGAAGUGGGCCCUCUACGGACGCGUAAGUGGCACCAUUGAUUGUCCACGCGAAAAUGUUGUACCAUGCGGCAAUCCGACCACGUCACUGACGAAGGUGCAGCAAGCGUGUCAGGGAAGACCUCAAUGCGCCUUCCUUGCCGACAACGACUUCUUUGGAGGAGACCCUUGUAAAGAUGUUGGCAAGUACCUGGUUGUUCAUUACAUGUGCUCGUCGGCAAACGUACACUAAACAACGACUGUUUCAUGUAC